GGGCGGGGCGCGGGGAUGGCGCGCGCGCUGCGGCUGCUGGCGCUGUGCGCGGCCGCGGUGCUGUGCGGGGCGCGGAGGCCGCCGCGGUGCGGGCCGCCCUGCAGCUGCUGGCGGGGCUCGGCGCUGUGCGUGGGGGCGGCGGGGGCGCCGCGCGCGCUGCCUGCGGGGCUCGGCUCGCUGAGCCUGGUGAACGGCACCUUCGCCGAGGUCAAGGACAGGAUGUUCUCGCACCUGCCCUCGCUGCAGCUGCUCUUGCUGAACUCCAACUCCUUCACCAUUAUCCGAGAUGAUGCCUUUGCUGGUCUCUUCCAUCUAGAAUACCUAUUCAUUGAAGGAAACAAAAUUGAAACCAUUUCAAGAAAUGCAUUUCGUGGCCUUCGAGACCUGACUCACCUUUCUUUGGCCAAUAACCAUCUCAAAGCUCUGCCGAGGGAUGUCUUCAGUGAUCUAGAUUCUUUAAUUGAACUAGAUUUAAGGGGAAAUAAAUUUGAGUGUGACUGCAAAGCCAAGUGGUUGUUUUUGUGGUUAAAGAUGACAAAUUCCACUGUUUCUGAUGUCCUGUGUAUUGGUCCAGCAGAAUAUCAGGAUAAGAAGUUAAAUGAUGUGACAAGUUUUGAUUAUGAAUGCACCACUACAGAUUUUAUUGUUCACCAGAUUUUGCCCUACCAGUCAGUUUCAGUGGAUACGUUCAACUCAAAGAAUGAUGUGUUCGUAGCCAUUGCACAGCCCAGCAUGGAGAACUGCAUGGUGCUGGAGUGGGAUCACAUUGAAAUGAAUUUCAGGAGUUAUGACAAUAUCACAGGUCAGUCCAUAGUGGGAUGUAAAGCCAUUCUUGUUGGUGACCAAGUCUUUGUGGUGGUGGCACAGCUCUUCGGUGGCUCACACAUUUACAAGUAUGACGAAAGCUGGACGAAGUUUGUCAAAUUCCAGGAUAUUGAAGUAUCUCGCAUUUCCAAGCCAAAUGAUAUAGAGCUUUUUGAGAUAGACAGUGAAAUGUUUUUUGUUAUAGCAGAUAGCUCCAAAGCAGGUUUGUCAACAGUUUACAAGUGGAAUAACAAAGGAUUUUACUCCUACCAGUCCCUUCAUGAGUGGUUCAGGGACACCGAUGCUGAGUUUCUCGAUAUCGAUGGCAAAUCCCAUUUAAUCCUCUCUAGCCGCUCGCAGGUUCCCAUUAUACUCCAGUGGAACAAAGCUUCCAAAAAGUUCGUCCCACACAGUGAAAUCCCCAACAUGGAAGACGUCUUGGCUGUGAAGAGUUUCAGGAUACAAGAUAACUUGUACAUCACCCUGACAAGAUUCAUUGGUGACUCCAGAGUUAUGAAAUGGAACAGCAAACAGUUUGUGGAGAUACAAGCUCUUCCAUCCCGAGGAGCCAUGACGCUACAGCCUUUCUCCUUCAAGAACAAUUACUACCUAGCCUUGGGAAGUGACUAUACCUUCUCCCAGAUAUACCAGUGGGAUGGUGAAAAGAAGCUUUUCAUAUUAUUUAAAGAAAUCUAUGUGCAAGCGCCACGGUCUUUCACAGCUGUGUCAACGGAUCGAAGAGAUUUUUUCUUUGCCUCUAGCUUUAAAGGAAACACUCAAAUAUUUGAACACAUCAUCAUUGACUUGAGUUUAUAAAAAUCUGCUGGAGUGAAAUUAAUGUGGAAUGACGUUUAUACAGAAGGAAAACAAAGAAAGACUUUUCCAAAAACAGGGUGCAUCUAUGGAGUAUAUUGACAUUUUCUGAACUUUUCAAACUUGCAUAUUAAUCAGGGAUUGCAUUUACUUGGUUACUGCAUGACGUGUCCAUUUUAUCCUUUUUGAAAGACACUUUGCAGUCUGCAGUCAUUCAUGGGAGAGUGCAGUGCAUUAGGAUUAAUCUUGACAUCUAAGAGAAUGAUCUAAAUUUUAUCCAGAAAACCACCUUGAAUUGACCAUCUCAUGAAGAAAACAAAGAAUGAGCUGUACAAAGCGUAGAAAUGACUGUGACUCUUAAACUAACAUGUUAGUAAUGAUUUCAAGAUUAGAGCCAGAUCUUCGUGGUUGCUGAUGAAUAGUAAAAAUGAAGAGUCAUGUUCCAUAAUACACUUUAUUUUGGUUUCUUGAAGUCUGUCUUCAAAAUCUGUCUUUGAGGUUUAUAGUAAGACUGAGGCAUCAUUUUAAUUUAUUGUAGAUUAAAGAGAAAGUCAAAAUAUAUUGCCAUUUUUCUUCGUUAAUCAGUAUAUCAGCAAAAAAUUGUGCAUCACAGUAACUGCCCACAGUAACUGGGUAGUUAGGAAAAGAAAGGUUUGUCACUUCUAGAUUGUGAGAUCUUAAGUAAACAUAAGCAGGUAGUAACAGAGGUCUGCUUGGUGCCAUGAAUGAAUUGACUACACAUUCUGUCUACUUUCUGGUUUGAUAGGUAUUACAGAAAUCCACCCCUUUUUUCCUAAUUCACACUCAUCCUGGUGAUCCCAGUAGAUUCUGGAGUGUUUCAACAAGUCAAUCUGUAGCGAUCUCUUAUUUUAGAAGGCACAGCUUAAGUUUAGCCUGGAACACACAUAUACAUUCAUGUACUCUGUGCUGUAGCUUGUCUGUGCAAAAUGAGAUAUUUUAUUCUCUAGUGUUCUCCCCCCAGCACAGCUCCCAAGCAAUAAAUUCAGAUUUUGGUCAUCACAAACUGUAUUUGGGGAAUCAUCCUUCUGGCUGAGGUCUAAAUAUGAUUUUGGUAUCACCGAGUCUUGAAACCAAGGCAGCUGGUGCCGUCUCAGGCUAGAGCUAGCCCUGGGUCCAAGAAGAAGUGUUUCUUGCUAGUUCCAGGUUUUUGCUAGGUUGCCAAGCCAUUGUAGGUUGAACGUGAGGAUGUGAACAGACCAUUGGUGCUUUGGGUGACUAUGAGCUAAGGCAGUAAAGUCAUCCUAAAUAUGGCAGCCCUGGCAUGCAGAGUAUGUCAGGAUAACAGCUAGGGACUGUUUUCCUGGAAAUGCUCUCCAUCAUCCUUACCCAACAAAGUUGUGUAUCAGAGUCCCUGUUGUUCUUUACAUUUUCAUAUUGUUUAGCAUAUUGGGUUGUUUUAUCAUGUCGUACUGCUGCCUUGGAUAAUCGGGAAGCUUUGCAUAAAGCAGGCAGAGCAAAGGAAAGUAUCCCUUAUUCCUUUGUACUUGGGCCUGUCUCACCAUCUCUGUGCCUAGUGAGCUUCAUGUUUUUGGACAUGAAAGAUGGUCUUUUGUCACAAAUAGAGAUGUUCUCACCAGCUUUCUAGCAUCCAAGAUGUGAACAGUGCUGCAGAAGAGGAUUAUGCACGGGGACUCCUGUGAGGACUCAUAACCUACCAGUGACCUGGACUACCACAGCCUUCCCCAGUUUCUGCCUUGCUGCUAUGAAAAUUAUUAGUCAAGAUGCACAACUUAUUUUAUUCUAGUUUUAAAUAACGUGUUGAUUUUUUUCCCUGUAGAGGUGCUCAUCUUGGUUUUGUUUUUAAUCACAUUGGCAACUUUGCUCAUCCAGCUAUCUGAAGUUUGCACUCUGGCCUCCAAAUCCCAAUGCAAUGUCAGCCCCAUUGGUUCCAUCAGGGCAGUAGAUGCAAACCAACCCUCUGCAGCAGGUUUAGCAAUAACUUUCGUAAGAUUAAGCUAACAAAUCUGACAAAAUGAGAUUUUUCAUAUGUCUUCCAGUGAACGCAAGUUCUUACCAUGUUCCCACUUUUUAAAGUGGGUGUGGCCGGCAAGCAAUAUUUCCUUAAGCUGUGUUGUGGGAAAGUAUUUUUUUAGUGUUUUGCUGUCCAGCAUGCAUGUUUUAAGGGAGUUGGGUGUUCUGCCAAGGAGUGGCAUUUCCUCGGUGCACCAGCACUUUCUUUUAGGGCUCACUGUGAGUAACGUCCACUCAGCAAGGGGCGUAAGUCAGAGCUAAAAGCUAGUUUAGAGAAAUUGGAUCUUGGCAUUUUUACUUGAAGGGAAGCAAAAGCAUAGAGGAAAAGAGCUUGUGUAUCCAACACCAGGAGAUUGUACUAUUUUGAGAACCAAGGGGAUUUUGAAGCUUGGCUAUCAAGUUGAAUUAACUUAAAAUGGUCUCUGCAGGGACAGACUUCAUAAAGAGGAGAUAAAUUGAUCCACAGGAGUCUAGCUCAUUCACGCAGGACCAGAAGAAAGUGAGUGAAAUGAACCCUGCGGGCAGGCUGCCGCUUCUGCUGAGUUGCUGUGUGUGUUUGUCAGCAAGCCCAGCUCAGCAUCCCUCCCGGCUCGUGGAGAAGCCUGGAGUCAGAGACUCCAUGAGGCUGGCUCGCCUGUGCUGCUGAGUUAGUGCACUGGAGGUCAAAGCAGCUAAGAGGGACAGCAAAAAAAGCACCAGUUGAUAAAGAAAAGGGGUUAUGGCACAUUUCUCAGGAUUAAACAGGCAGUGUCUCAAAAAGAGCCUUGUUCUGCUCUUCCUGCUUCCACGGAAAAGCUGCAGGAUGGAGCCAUAAUAACAGAAAUCACUAAGCAUUGAAAAUACUUUCUGCCUUUCCAAAUGCAAGAGCAGUUUUGUCUCCACAGCCUGUAUUCUGUAAUAGAAACUGUUUUGAGUAAUAAAUAAACUAUGCAUAUCCAUAAUUUAUUGCAACUGUUAGACCAUGAGGACAAUGAGAAAGAAUAACAGAAUGUGCCACCUGGUAAAUUUUAAUGUAUUCUAAAAUACACAAAGCUAUGUGAAGAACGGUAGUUUAUAUAAGCGUAGAUUUAAUACUGUGUGCUAGCUACAGUGGGAGCAUUUUAAGGCUGUGUAUAUAUAUAUAUUGAGAGAGAGCUUUUUUUAGUAAAGAGAAGCUGAUGCAAUCUAUGUCACUGACAUACCUAUGUACUCUUUCAGUGUACAAAUAAAUGUAGUUAAUGAGACUAAUGGGGUGUGUGUGUGUGUGU